AUGAUUAUAACUAUUGUUGUACAUAUGAAGAAUUUGGUAUUCAACGUCCUUCAUGUUGUCGUUAUGCUGUUCAUACCGGCUUACUUAUCGCCUUUUAUCUUUCUGCCGUUGUGA